GUGCGCGCAGCAGACCAGCCCGAGGAGAGGGAGCUGUCUCCUUUACGCGUGGUGCUGAAUCAUGUGGUCGGUCUUCUUUGUCUUCCUGUCCUACCUGGACAGGGAUGUGGUCAGGGGAGACUUCCUGAGCCAGGCUCUGGACGCAGAGAAGGAGAGCCAGGAGAUGUUCUCCGUGAUCGACGGCACCUUCUGCGCCAAGAUGUCCCUCAUCGGGGAGAAUGUCCUGUACCAGGUGUCCGAUGGAGCCGAGGUGGUGCGCACCGUGGUCACCCCCGCCGGGAAACUGGUCACCUGCUCGGUCAUAGUGAACCAGCAGCGGGUGAGAUCGUUCCUGCAGGAGUGCAGGCUGGGGCUGCGGGAGCAGCGCGCAGCGCGCCGCCGGCGGCUGGAGACGCGCUUUACGCGCAUGGAUGAGGCAAAGCUGGUGUGCCAGGAGUUUCUGCAGGAGCACAAGGGGCUAAAACGAUCCAAGAGAGGCUUUACUUACCCCGGAACCCUGUGGUGUGGGGCGGGGAACAUGGCAGACGACUACAGCCAGCUAGGAGAGUUUGGGGACACUGACAGCUGCUGCCGCACUCAUGACCACUGUCCUCAUGUCAUCCACGCCUUCUCCUCCAACUAUGGAUACACCAACUUCAAGUGGCACGCCCUCUGUCACUGUGACUGUGAUAAUGAGUUAAAAAGUUGUCUGAGGAAAGUCAACGACACAGCCUCCAGGGUCAUGGGUCAGGCAUUUUUCAACGUGCUGGGUGUUCCCUGUUUUGAUUUUGACUAUGAAGAGCAGUGUGUUGAACGGCACUGGUAUGGCCUGUGUAAAAAAUAUGAGAAGCUUCCCAUUGCUGUGCUCAGAGAUUCUGUGCCAUAUGACUAUGGAGGUAUUGAUGUCAUUGAUGAGCUCACAGUGGCUCCUCUUAACUCCAAAGACUCAAAGAAAAGCAAUGAAGAGCAGAACCAAGAGCGUGCAACUCAAUCUACGAUUUUGGGUCACGAGGAGCCUUCGCUGAGAAACGUUGUCACUGCUGCCGAGGACUUCAUCAAGGUGCUCGCUACCGUCUCCACGUCUCAAAGCUCCACUGCAGACUCUGAUAAAGGUGAAGCCGAAACCUCAGAAAAGAAGAAAAGGAAAAACGCAGGAAAGAAGAAGAAGAAAACCAGCAAAAAGCAUAAGGAAAAAGGAAAGGGGAGGAAGAGGAAGCAGAAAGCAGCAGGCGGUGUGAAAACAGAAGAUGGAGCUGCAGUUUCACCAGCUGGCAGCAAAGCAGAAGAAGUCUUGGCGCUGAGUAAUUUUAUCAGUGAGUCGAAAGGACGCCACCACUCGAUCAUCAACACAAACCGAGUUGAAGACCGUGACUUUGAGGUCAGAGGAAAAGAUGAGGCCUCCAAUGAAGUCAUGAAAGAUGAACCAGCCAUAGAUAAGGAGACGAUUGCAACAAAGUCGCCUUCAACCGUUCACAAGAAGCCAGAAGAGUGGAACACUGACCUGCUGAAAGGAAAGAUUUCGCCGUCAACCAGCCCCACAACAACUGUUGUUCCUCAAGAAACAAGUGCCAGACGGCAAAGGAAGGGGAGAGGAAAGAAGAUUGAGAAAAAUCGUUCCCCUUCUUCCGAAAAGCUGCACGCAGUAGAGAACUUCAGUGUUGUCUCUGUUCCCACCACUGCAUAUUUAACUCAAGUGGCUCAGUCUCAGCAGCAUAGCUUCACUGAACAGCAACUGGUUGUCAGCACUCCAGUUGCUCCCACUAUUAUUCCAAAACUCAAAAGGGAUAGGUCAAAAGAGAGAACAGACAGAGGGGGAAGGAAGAAAAGAAGGAAGCUUAAUUGUGCAUCACACACUGUGUCUGCUGACCAGCGGCAAAAUUCCUCUGUGGACGGCCUGAAUGGGAUCCCUCACACCGGGAUUUCCACCGUACCGCCGGUACCCAACACAGAGCGGCAGCUUUCACACAGUAUUCCAGAUAUGACUCUAAGCUCCUCCUUCAGUGUCCUGAAAAGGCAAAGGUUGAAAGAGAGAGGACUGAGAAACAGGAGGAGGAAAACAGCUCUCUUUCCCUUAAGUGACAAUGCAGGUUUUUCUCCCAGCAUCUCUGAACAUGUGUCCACCAUUCUCACAACUCCAGACACUCAAGUGGCACUGAUCCACCCGGAAACUCAGAGUGAAUGGAGGCUUUUUACGACAGCCACCCCUACUGUCAGGACAAAACUCCACCGGCAGCCAACCAGACGGCACAGGAAGACGAGUAAGAAAGCUGCAGCUCUUAACAACACAGAAUUCAUCCCUAAACAAACAGAGAAAGAGACACCUGCAACCUUGCUCUUCAAUGCAGCCACAACUGAAGAUGCUAGACUUGAAGAGCCCCAGGUUUCCACCUAUGCAGCACCAACCAUCAGUCGUAUUCAGUUAUCUAUCGAGAAAGCAAAAGCACAAUACAACAGGAAGAAAAGGAGAAAAGCUGCGCACUCUAACAGGCAAAAAUGAGCCACGUGCUGCAGAGGUAGCAGGACUAGUGUAGAAAAGCAAGCAAGCUAUAGCUGAAGGCUCGUGAUCAAAGAAAAUGCAGAACAGUAAAAUAAUAAUCUUUUUUUUAAAACUAAAUUAUAUUUGAUUGUAAUGUGAGAAUCAUUAUUUGAAAUACUUUGUUUUG